GAGUGUGAAGUGGAGCAUAAAGUGGAGCGCCAGGGGGCAGCAACUACAGUGCAAUCAUGCGAGGACCGUGAAGACAAAGAGGGAGAAUUCAGCUACGAUGGUAACUUGUGGGACUUGUCCAACCAAGACGACGCGCUUUCUUUUAGUCUUGACACCGAGGGGAGCAUGGCCUGCAAUAGAGCUACCCAGGCAAAGCCUAAAAUGAGAUCCAGACAGUCACAGACUACACUUGGAGAGUGCCGAAAGUGCGCUGAGUGGAAAAUGCAAAUAAGAGUCCUGCAGAAGCGAAAAGGGAAAUUACGCUCUCAGAAGAAAAAAUGGAAAGAACAGGCCACACUAAUAAAUGUAAGUGCUAUUUUUUAUUUCUUAUUCCUGGUAUGCAAGAUAGAAAGUAAUUCUGAAAUACCCCUCCCCAACCACCAAGUCAUCCUCUCAUGCAAAACUGUUGUACCAUGUAGGGGUUUUUUAUUUUUUACUCAAAAGGUUUUUUUUUUAGUAACAGUUUUCUUUAUCACAAUUAUGUGAUAGUAUGACUCAAGCAGCAACAAAAGAGAAUUAGAAGAGGAAGGAGAGGAAGAAGAGGACAUGGAGGAGGUAGAGACAGAAGUGGAAAAUAUGGAAUGUUUGGAAGACCCUGGACUGGAGGAUACAGAGAAUUUAAUAGAUGAAAAGGAAGACGAUCCAGACUGGCAUUGUCAGAUGGAGGAUAAGGGAGAUGAUGAUAUUGAUGCCGAUGAUGAAGAGACGGAAAGUACACCAAUGAACAAUAUCAGGCAAGAUGUUAUGAUUUUGAUUGGUCAUUACGUACUCAUCCUU